UCGCGGCCCUUGUCAAAAUCUCUAUCUCACUAAAGCGUACCAGUAACAGGACGCCCUCACAAUGCCCAAAACAGCCCUCAAGCAAAAAACGCGCCAAAAGGCCAAAACCACCACGCGCUCGCCCUUCGAGCCCGGCCGGCCCGUCCACGACGACAGCGAUGUCGAGAUGGACGCCGCCGAUGGCGACGACUCGGAUGAGGUCCCUGAGAAGGACGAGGUGGAGGAGAAGCUGGAGCGGAUGCUGUUUGGCGACGACGAGGGGUUCCAUGAGGCGUUGAAGAAUCGCAGUUUGGCGACGCUUGCCGUGGGGAGUGAUGAUGAGAGUGUUGGGAGUGGGGAGGAUGGGGAGGGCGAUUUGGAGGGGGUUGAUGAUGCUGAUCUUUUCUUCCUCGAUUCCGGCGCUGCGCCUGUGUCUACGGAUCUCGCAAACCCAGCUACAGCCCUAUCCGACGGAGAAGACGGCGCAUUGACCGAGCCUGCCCUGUGGCACGAUAGCGACGACGAGCGUCUGACAGUGUCUCUUGCGAGCCAGAACCGCCUGCGGAAGUUGCGCGUCGCCGAGUCGGAGGAUGUGAUCAGCGGGAAGGAAUACGUCCGACGUCUGCGCAGACAGUUCCUGCAGCUGCACCCGACGCCCGAGUGGGCGAACCCGGAGCUGAACCAGCACGAUUCAGACUCGGAUCGCGAGAUGGAUUCGGACGACGAGGAGGCGCACUCCACGCAGCCGUUGGCGAAGCUGCUGCAGGGCGUGACGGAUUUGACCAAGUUGGAGGAGCAGACGCACCCUGGCGGGAAGAGAAAGCUGCGUCAGGAGACGCUGGAUAUCCAGCGUUUGAAGGAUGUCGGAAAAGAUCAACCGUCCUCUAUCGACUCGCUCGCGUUCCACCCCCACUACCCCAUCCUGCUGUCCUCCGGACCAGCAGCGACGCUCUUCCUGCACCACAUUGCGCCGUCCGCGCCAGCCCCGAACCCCCUCCUCACGUCCUUCCACAUCCGCCAGACGCCAAUCCACACGUCGGCGUUCGCGCCCCCCACAGGAAACAAGAUCCUCGCCUCCGGCCGCCGACGAUACUUCCACAUCUGGGACCUGGACACGGGCAAAGUCGACAAAGUCAACGGGACGGCGGACCGCAAAGAAGAGCAAAAGACCAUGGAGCGAUUCAAGCUCUCGCCCUGCGGCCGCUACAUCGGCCUGGUGGGCUCCUCGCGCAAGGGCGGCGGCCUCAUCAACGUGCUGAACUCCGGCACGGCGCAAUGGAUCGCGCAAGUCCGCGUCGACGGCCGCGGCGGCGUCGCCGACUUCGCCUGGUGGAGCGACGGCGAAGGCAUGACAGUCGUCAGCAAGAACGGCGAAGUCUCCGAAUGGGACGGAUCGCUCAACCGCGUCGUCGCGCGCUGGACUGACGCCGGCGCCGUCGGCACAACGGUCCUCACACUGGGCGGCCGCUCCGGCCGCUCCGAGCUAGGCGGAGACCGCUACGUCGCGAUCGGCAGUUCCAGCGGUGUAGUGAACGUCUACGACCGACGACCGUGGGCGGCAUCUCUUGCCAAAUCCUCCUCUUCUUCCUCCUCCUCAAACGAACCCACCAUCCCGCGGAACCCGGAACCCAUCCGCGCCCUAGACCAACUCACAACGCCCAUCAGCCACGUGGUAUUCGCGCCAGACGGACAAUUCUUCGUGAUGGCGAGUCGAUGGAAGCGCGACGCAUUGAGAAUUGUCCACCUCCCAAGCUGCACGGUCUACCGCAACUGGCCGACGUCCAAUACGCCGCUGGGCCGCAUUUCGUCAGUGGCCGUGUCGCCGAAUUCAGAGCUGGUGGCUGUGGGCAAUGAGCAGGGGAGGAUCCGGUUGUGGGAGAUUAGGGGGUAGAUUUUAGACACUGGGUGAAGUGAUAGAUGGUGGGUGGUUGUUGUAUAUUGAUAUUGAUAUAUGGGAUCAGAUGGAUAUGGGAUGUGAUAGGGUAUGUGAUAAGACCGGGAAAAGAAGAACAACAAAAG